CUUCUUCGCCAAUUAUCAUUUAUCGAUUCUCCACUGAAGAAGAAGUCGCUUCAAUCAAUGGCUGCUACUGCUUUUGAUAAGAGCGUGAAAGAGGAAUUGCCUCCAGUGCUGAAUCCCACCGCUGAGCAACCUCCACUUUUCGAUGGAACCAUAAGGCUGUAUCUUGCCUACGGAUGUCCAUUUGCACAACGAGUGUGGAUCACCAGGAACUACAAGGGAUUGCAAGACGAUAUCAAGCUAAUUCCUCUCAACCUUCAAAGCAAGCCUGCUUGGUAUGGAGAGAAAGUUUAUCCCUCCAAUAGGGUGCCAGCUUUGGAACACAAUGGAAAAAUCAUUGGGGAGAGUCUUGAUGUGAUGAAGUACCUCGAUAGCAACUUUGAUGGGCAAUCUCUUCUCCCUGAUGAUCCUGCUAAAAAAGAGUAUGCUGAAGAGUUAUUUGUCUACACUGACACAUUCAACAAAAUUGUAUUUACUUCAUUCAAGGGAGAUCCAGUAAAAGAAGCUGGUUCUGCUUUUGAUUACUUGGAAAAUGCUCUUCAUAAAUUUGAUGAUGGGCCAUUUUUGCUUGGCCAAUUCAGUUUGGUGGAUAUAGCCUAUACUACAUUUGUUGAAAGAUUCCAUGUCUUCUUAUUAGAGGUGUUCAAAUAUGAUAUCACUGCAGGCAGGCCUAAACUUGCAGCUUGGAUUGAGGAGAUGAACAAGAUUGAGGCUUACAAGCAGACAAAAUUAGAUCCUAAAGAGCAUGUUGAAUCAUUCAAGAAGUACUUUCUUGCUCAGUAAUGUUCAAGGUAAUGGUGGUUUUACAUAUGGACUGAACAAGAGAGUUCAUGCUUGUUACAUAUUGUAUCUUGGUUGAAUAAAAUAUUGUGUAUUUUCUUUUUUGUGGGUUUUGAUCACCUGCCCAUUUUAUGGUUCAUAAAAACUAAUUCCUUGAGGUUCCAAGUUGCCCCUUUCCACGUGUAUGUCCAAGAAUCGCAUACAAGUUCUUUCCUUGAGAGUGCAAAGUGCCUUACCAUUGCUCUCAACAGUUAUUGGUAUAUUUUGUGUAUUAUUGGUUUUGUAAGGGAUCAAACUCGUUGUUUAUCAUAUACUGAUUAAUUAUC